UUUGUUAUAAUAAAGCAAGCGUUGUCUUUUUAAUUCAGUUUCAUUCGGGUCUUUUUAUGGUGGCAAAUUAUUGAAAAACAGCAGGUAACGUUACUUUACGUUAUUGUUUGCAAAAGAGUGCACAAGAGGACUCCCCUGCCCCCAUUCUUCUUCUGUCAUAUUACUGCACAUCUGUCGGAUAAGUGUUCGCCUGUAACCCUGACAAACUUAUUUAAAGAGUCUGGAAAGAAAGGUGAUGGCAGAACCCAGAAUAUCUUCAAUUGAUGGCAAAUUAGCGGAAGAAUUUGCCGUUCCCUCCCAUGUUGAGGAGGUCAAGGAGAAGAUGUCUGCUUUUGCCACACAUCAUGCUGAAGCGGGCCGCAGAGUGGUUCUCAUCACAUCAGGUGGCACCAAAGUUCCCCUGGAGUCCCGCACUGUUCGCUUCCUUGAUAAUUUCAGCAGUGGCAGGAGAGGAGCCUCCUCAGCAGAAUAUUUCAUAGACUCCGGCUAUGCUGUCAUCUUCCUACACAGACAUCGCUCCCUCUACCCCUACACACGUAUGUUCUCAACCAUAAACAUGCUGGAUGCCCUGCAGUUCAGAGGAGGAGACGGAGAGUCCAGUACAGCUGGCGAAGUGGUGAUUAACCAGCAGGUGCUUCCGAACAUUGGGAAAGUGCUGACGCGAUACCAGGAAGUGAUAGAGGGUCAAGUUCUCCUGCCCAUUGAGUUCAGCACUCUGUCAGAGUACCUGCACCUCCUCAAAGCAGCAGCACAGGCACUCAGCACAAUAGGAUCUAAGGCCAUGUUUUAUUUGGCUGCAGCUGUGUCUGAUUUCUAUAUCCCAGCAUCUGAGAUGCCUGAACACAAAAUCCAGUCUUCCAAUGGACCUCUUCAGCUCAGCCUGAAUAUGGUCCCCAAAAUAUUGUCCCCACUGGUGAAGGAUUGGGCACCACAGGCUUUUGUCAUAUCCUUCAAGCUGGAGACAGAUGCGACCAUCCUGCUGGACAAAGCUCGGCGAGCUCUGGACACUUACAGGCACCAGGCAGUGGUGGCCAACGUGCUGGACUCAAGGCGGGGUUACGUGGUGGUGGUGACCCCUGAGACUCAGGCUGAGCUGAUCCUUACAGAAGAGGAUGCAAAGAACGAGGUGGAGAUCGAGGAAAGAAUUGUGAAUAACCUGACAUCAGCACACAACCAGUUCAUAAGUCAACAACUGGGCUGACAAUCACCAUCCACUGCAUGUCUGAGUUAUUGACACGGCUGUAUGUUGUGUCUGUGCUCUCACCCAAUCCUGAGCUUGAGUUUGGCUUAUAUUCUUACUUGCCU